AACGUAUUCAAUCUUCGUAUGAAGCGUUCGAAGCCGCUUCCUCUUCCAGAAGCCGUCAGCGAUCCAACUGCAGCUGGUGAAACUACAGCAAAACCCCGUGGCAAAACCCGUCGGUUGUUACAGAGGUUCAAGAAAAAUGUAACUGAACAAAUAUCUCGCUUCAAGCAUUUUAUCAGCCGUGAACCUGCCCCAAACGUCAAUCAUGAGGGUGCUCCAUUGACUCCGAAUAUCGAGGUUCAGAAUACCGCUUCUGGUGUGAAAGAAGGUGUGGUUCCCAAAUCGGCGGUCGCGCAAGUCCAGGGAGUCCCUUCUGUCGUGAAAGAAUCGGUGGACGUGGUACUUCAAGCUGCCGGUAAAGCUGCAGGUAACAUGAAGACACUUGGGGCACACGUGGGAUCUGUGGCGUCCGCCGCCCAAAAUGGACCAGCAUAUCUCGAUACUGCAAACAGUAUCCAGGACUAUCUCCAACCACUCAGGAUAUUCAACUCUAUUAUUGAGCGGGUCGCGGAUGUAUGACCCUUCCUUUGCAUCGGGACCAGUCU